AUGCCAAGACCUACGAAUCAACACGGCAGACGAAGCCCACGGCAGACCUUGUUUCUGAACACGUGUCUUAGCUCGGCAAUUGUUGCAGCGUUGCUUCUUUCGAUCGCAUCGACGGCCACGGCUUGUCCAUUCUGCGUAGCAGUGAAACCAACGUUGUCUCAACAGCGGACCGGCGCCGAUGUGGUCGUAUUCGCAGAAGUGGUUGAAGCAAACGACCUGGAACAGGUUUUUCGCAUUCACGGAGUGUUCAAAGGCCAGGAGCUUGUCGGCGAUACCGAGCUUCUGGCGAUUCCCGCCGACAUGGCUCGUGAGGUAGGGACCUUGGCUGUCUUGUUUGGCAACCUCACCAACGACGAAUCGUUGGGCGACGCGAGAUGGACCCCCGUCACCGUAAACGAGACCAGCCUUGGGUACUUUGCCCAAGCCCCGGAGGCUAGAGAGUCGGCCGAAAAACGACUUGGCUAUUACGCACGAUUCUUGCAGCAUCCCGAUCCGUUGAUUGCCGAAGACGCUUACCUCGAGUUCGGCCACGCCCCCUUCGACGAUGUGCUGCAACUGGCCGACGAGUUGCCCAGCGAAAAGCUUCGCGCAUGGAUGAGUGAUUUGAACAUUCCACAAGAGCGGAAAGGCUUCUAUGCCUUGGCCCUUGGGUUCCCUCGCUCUCAAAAAAUUGAUGCUAAAAAUGCGGCGUUCCUACGCGAGAUCAUCCUCGCACCCGCCAACGACUUUCGAGCUGGGUUCGACGGCGUGAUCGGAGGCUAUCUUCUGGUGGCCGGCGAACCUGGCUUGGAACUGAUCGAGGAACAUAUCCUCGCGAACCCAGAGGCCGCCGAAGGUGAUCUCAGACAUGUGGCCUCGGCCCUCAGGGCCUACUACGAAUUCGAGCGAUCGAUCCCGCCAGAGCGGCUGGCCAAAGGUGUUCGGCUGCUUCUGUCACGCCCUUCGCUGGCCGCCACCUCAAUUAUCGAUCUCAGUCGUUGGGAAGACUGGGGAGCCCUUCCUGAGGUCCUCGCGCUGUACGAUCCGGAAAUGCGUCCCCCGGUCGCGCUCCGUCGGGCGAUCGUCGGAUACCUCAUGGCCUGUCCCCUCAGCGAAGCGGAGGCAGCCCUGACACAGCUUCGAACGGCUGACCCCCAGGGAGUGGCGGAAGCGGAGCAGUUCAUCCUCGCCACUGGAUUCGAGGCUUCGAUGCCGCGUUAUAUCGUCCGGUGUGGUUCCAUGCGCCGCUUAGGCACGUUCACCACAAGUCGUGGCGAGAUGUUUACGCGCUCGGCCCAGGUGAUCGCUCGGACCGAUCGUGGGUUGGAAGUGGGCGAGGUCCUCUGUGAGGCGACCGACAAGGCCGUCGAGCAAUUGCCCUCGGGCUCCGGCAAGGGCCAGAUCCUUCGAGGAAUGACACACGAUGAUGAAAACGAAAUAAACCGCCUGCGGGCCGAUCAGCGUCGCGAGUUUGAAAUCGGCAAGAAGCACAUCGCCGCCUUCGGGCUACCGAUGCAGUUGGUCGAUGUCGAGCAUCUUUUCGGCGGCGAGCGAAUCGUCUUCUACUACCUGGCCGAAAACCGGGUGGACUUUCGCGAGCUCGUGAAGAAGCUGGCCAGCGAGUUUCAAACUCGGAUUGAGAUGCGGCAGAUUGGGGUACGCGACGAAGCGAAACUACUGGCCGACUAUGGAGAUUGCGGCAAGGUGGUCUGCUGCAACACCCAUCUUUCGGAGAUGCCGCCGGUAUCGAUGAAGAUGGCCAAGGUUCAGAAAUCGACUCUGGACCCGACGAAAAUCUCGGGUCGUUGCGGUCGUUUGAAAUGCUGUCUACGGUAUGAGUAUUCGACUUACGAGAGCUUGCGAAAGGAACUUCCCCCAGUCGGAUCGAACGUGGUAACGAACCAGGGGAAAGGCCGGGUCCUGGCUCAAGAGAUUCUUGCCAGUCAGGUGCUGGUCGAGAUGGAAGAUCACCGCAGGAUAUUAGUCUCCGGCAGCGACGUACUAACCGUGCUGAAGCGAAGAAACGAAAAUCGCAAAGAAAAAUAA